AUGCUUAGACAGCGGUCGCUUGAGCAUAAGGCAGUACACUGUAACCUACAAUCAAAUCGUUUCGCGCAUUCUUCUGCUUCUGUUUUUGUCGAUAAACCGGUACAACGAUUACAAGAAUUAGACGUGAAAAAACGUGAACCCAUUUUACUUCGAUGCUCAGCCAUACAACGUACACAUUUUGUUCAAAUAAAUACAUUACAACGAACAUCUGAAAUCUACACGGUGUUACACGAAUUUCACACUGCGGUGACACAAUCAAUGUUUCGCUUGGUGCCAUCUCUGGAAACAGAUGAAUGUCCUGUACGGUACAUUUUUGCCUCCCUAAGUGGUCGUUCAACGUAUGUUCAACUUCGUUCCUCACCAAUAUAUACAAUUCAUUGGCAUGUCAUUUCGCCGAGUAAAGAAGUACAGAUAAGGCAUCGUACAGUAGUCCGACUAUCGCAUGAAUCGAUUCUUCAACCAAUGAAAAUGCAAACAGCUGAACGAUGGCAUAUGAACUGGGAAUAUGUUGUGUAUCGAAUUUCACACGGUCUUCAUUUUGCAAUAAUGAAAAACGUUGCUGAUAUGAGUCCUCAACAGAGAAUUGUUUAUGUGCGAGCGCAGAAAGCCUAUCCACGACGAUUCAUACGAUGUAGUAUUGCACCUAUACAGAAAAAGAAAAUUCUUAAAGCAUCGGAAGCAUAUCCAAUUAAAAUGUGCACUGUUGAUCGGGGUGAACCGUUUCACGUCAAAAAAAUCAAUAUUCCUAAAUAUCGAGAAUGUAUGGACACCAAUUAUAAUGCACCACUCCAACAAAUUAGCGAGUGUUCAUUUAAUUCAGCUAUAAUUAAAUGUAGCUGUUGUUAUGAUACAAUGCAAUAA